GGCUGCCAGCCGCGGCUCGGGACGGACGGGCCGCGGGUGGGGCCUCGCCGCUUGUUGUCGUCCGGUGCAAGACGAGGAGAUCGUCCGCUCGUUCGCUCGCCGUUACCGGGAGACUCCCAGGUCUCGCUCAAUCGCUCCUUCCGUCCCGAGCACUCGGGGACAUGUCGAGGUGGGCGGAGGCCCGGUGGGCCGGCGCCAGACGGCGGACGGCGGCCGAGGCACCCUCGCCCUCCUCCAGCUUUCCCCGGAGACGCUUCCUUUUACAAACGUUGCGAGCGUGAGGGAGUUGUCACGGCGAGGAGGCCCCGCCAGGACCGAGAGCAGGAAACGCCGCAGGAUCUGCUUUGCCGCAGCUGUUGUGCCAGGAACCGCCGUGGGAGCCGGGAGCAUGAAGCUGCUGGAGAACUCCAGCUUUGAAGCCAUCAACUCCCAGCUGACAGUGGAGACAGGAGAUGCUCACAUCAUCGGGAGGAUCGAGAGCUACUCCUGCAAGAUGGCUGGGGACGACAAGCACAUGUUCAAGCAGUUCUGUCAGGAGGGACAGCCCCACGUCCUGGAGGCCCUGUCACCUCCUCAGACCACGGGGAUCAGCCCCAGCAGGCUCAGCAAGAGCCAGGGUGGGGACGAGGAGGGUCCCCUCAGUGACAAGUGCAGCCGCAAGACUCUCUUCUACCUGAUCGCCACCCUCAAUGAGUCCUUCCGCCCCGACUACGACUUCAGCGCCGCCAAGAGCCACGAGUUCAGCCGGGAGCCCAGCCUCAACUGGGUGGUGAAUGCUGUCAACUGCAGCCUCUUCUCAGCUGUCCGGGAGGAUUUCAAGGCCCUGAAGCCGCUUCUGUGGGACGCGGUGGACGAGGAGAUCUGUCUCUCAGAGUGUGACAUAUACAGCUACAACCCCGACCUGGACUCAGACCCUUUUGGAGAAGAUGGCAGCCUCUGGUCCUUCAACUACUUCUUCUACAACAAGAGGUUGAAGAGGAUUGUCUUCUUCACCUGCCGCUCCAUCAGUGGCUUCGCCUACACCCGCCCCGAGGGCGGCCAGGAGCUGGACAUGGACCUGGGCGAGGAGGACGGCGAGAAGAAGGGGGACGGAGGGGACACGGAGAGCGGCAGCAUCGAGGAGGACAGGUUGCAAGUUCUCUGCAUCUGACCAUGCCCAACAGCUCCUAGGUGCCAGCAGGACUGCCCCUGGCGCCUUCUGUUGCAUCCCCCCACGCUGAGGCAGCCCCCAGCCCUGCAUCUGCCUCCCUCCGGCCACCACCGCCUGGCUCAGCCCCACACUGACACUGGAGGACCUUCCCAGUACCCAGAACUGGUAUGGACUGGAAGCAGCUGUGGCCUCCGGGCCCAGCUGAGGAUGUGGCCACGGCCAGGCCGCUGUUGUCCCCACUGAAGGGAGGGGGUCUAGGCCAGCCCUUCAGGACACCCUCCCCAGAACUUCUGCUGCACUUUCUGGCUGCACUGACCCCUCAGACUCCUGCUGGGCUCCACAGCUCCCAGUUCCUUACUGGUGGUGACCCAGCCAGCACCGUCCCCCUGUCCUCUGGCUCCGUCCAUCUGUCAGGCAGGGAUGGGGCCACCCUGCCCCCUGAGACCCCCCCAGAGAAGAGCUGCUGCUGGCAGGGGGUCGCUUUGCUCCUGCCUCCCUCCUUCCCCCUCCCCCUGCACUGGUUUCCUCCCUCGUUUUGGGAGGUUUUGGUUGUUUUAUUGGUAGCCUUUUACUGGUGCCACCAGUAGCCUGCACUGGUCCCAUGCUGGAGGGUCCACUGGGGGUGAAUAUUGGGCUGGGGGGGUACCACCCCUCCCCGAUGAGUUUCCUGGGUUUGAUCUUGAACCACAAAUGGCUUUGGCAGGUUUGGGCACCCUAACUGCCUCCCUGCCCACCCAGAAUUUUGGGUUUGGAUUCCCCCCUCCCUACCCAGGCACCCAGAAUUUGAGGGGUUACUAAGUUCCCUCCCACCCCAUCCAAAGUUUAGGGGGGUGCCAAGUGCUCCCCUCCCUGCCCAGGCACACAGAAUUUUGGAGGUCAAGUCCCCCUUCCCGCUUUUUUUUUGGGGGGUACCAAGUCCCCCUCUCCCCAUCCAGACACUUAAACCUUUGGAGGGCACCAAGUGCUCCCUUGGGUGCCAGGUCAGGCAGGAGGGGCUCAGCUGAUCACGCACAAACAAGGGGCAACAUCCAAACUGCUUGCCCCCAAAACAAGCCCACGUGGAGCUCCGUGGGGGGAGUUCCUGUGCCCCCCUCUUCUGCCUGGGAGAGGGUUCCCACUGGCAGGAGCUGGUUUGGAGGAGGUAGGGUGCCCCAAGGCUGGAGACUCCCCCCCUCCCCUUAUAGAAGGUGCUGGGGGGGUGUCCCUGUCCCCUGGGGGUGCAGGGAGAGGACGGACAGAGACCCCCGUACACACCUGUGCCUCACCCAGCACCAGCAGGGAGGGAGAAGCUGUCCGAGCACCGGUGGCUUUUCCCAGCUCCUGGAUUCCUCCCAAAAGGGAGAACCGUUGGGUUGGAGUGGGAAUUUUCCCCUCGUGCCGCCACAGCUCGGCCCCCAGCCCGGCGCGGGGCUCGCUCCGGUUUCCACUGGGCCUCCGCUGCCCCCGGCCCUGCUUUCGCGGGGGGAAGGGGCAGAAACGGGCGCGGUCCUUGUACUCCCCCGGCCCACUUUGGACCCCCCAGCAGGGAGGUUGAGCUCACAGCGCAGCGUUGGACCCUCGCACCAAUAAAGAGUUUCUGUCA